GGCGUCGUCCCGCGAUGGGUCGAGCGGUGCGAUGACGCGGCGAGGGACGUGGAGGCGAUACGGACGAGCCUGCGCGGGUUGCGCGAGGCGCACGCCAAGGCGUUGCUGCCAAAUUUCGACGACGUCGCGGGCGAGGACGUCGUCGCGGAGGCGCUGACGAAGGAAGUGACGAAACUGUUUAAGCGGUGCGAUGUCGCAAUACGGAGCGUGAGCGAGACGGGGGAAGGAGAUGGGGAGGAGCGCGUGCGCGUCAACGCGCAGAGAAAGUUGGCGAUGGAGUUGAACAAGCUUUCGCAGGAUUUUAGGAAACAGCAGAAGGAUUAUUUAGCCAAAUUGAAGUCGCAGCAAGAUCGAGGACCGGGAGCGGCGGGUCUGGACUCGUACGCGCAGUUCAGCGGCGCCGGCGCGGGCGCGAGCGCGGGCGGCGGCGGCGAGUCGAUGCUGCGUAUGGAGAUGUUGAAUCGCGCCGAGACGGUGAGCAUCGAGCGCGAUCGCGAGGUGAUGAAAAUUUUGGAGUCCGUGCAAGACCUCGGGGCGGUGAUGAAGGACUUAUCCGCCCUGAUCAUCGACCAAGGGACGAUUUUAGACCGCAUCGACUAUAACUGUCAAGAGGUGGCGGCGUCCGUCGAGCAAGGACGAAAAGAGUUGGUACAAGCCGAGAAGUCGCAAAAGCACAGCGUCGCCAUCGUGUGCAUUUACAUUUUGCUCGUCAUGGUGAUUUUCAUGACGUUCGUCGUCAUC